AUGGCUACACAGCCUGCAGAGACACGAAUCAGCUGGAGCUCAUCCAAGAUGGCCGCCAAGCUAAGGCCAGAGAGAGGGAGCAUGGACAGCCAUUCACACGCUUAUUCCCUGGAGGCCCUUGACCGGCUCUGCUCGAGCCUAUGCGCGAUACUAUAUGACGGCGGAAUGCCAUACCGUCAAGCAACCUGUGUGGUGGCCUCAUGGAUUCGUCCAGCGUCCCGCCGGCGCCAUUAUGGACUCCCACUGCAGACUUUCAAAGCGGCCAUCCAGCCACGCAAGCAUCGACGACCACAAUGGCGGGAAAGGGACUCAAGCGACCCGGAUGCACACGCUCGCUCCCACACACACAGGACAGAGACCGCCGGGCAAACCCAAAGUCCAAGCAACAUACCCAAGUACAGAACCCCAGGCCAGCAUGUAACCACUCUGCAUUCCAGGGCUAAAGCGGAGCAUCACACCGCAGCACAGGCGAAAACUAAGCAGAAUCCAGCUGGAGCUGGGCCCACAAAAAGGGACUCCAUGCAGACCACUGAGACUACUUACCCACAAUGGCCAAACCCGAGGGGGCACCUACCAUGCCGCACAAGUGCACAUAGCACCCAAGAGACUCACACUCAGCACCAACAGCCCAGCAGGGCAGGCAUCGGCUGA